AGAAGAGGCUGCCCGUUGCCUCCGAGACCUCGAGCUUCCAACGCGCGAUAGUCAAUAAUUGCCUUUAGGGUGUACCGGGUCGGUUUCGUGAGCUAGAUUUCCGUCCUGAAGUUAGUCGACGGCGUGGUUCGCCGCGAUCGGCUAGAUAACGCGGAAGAUCCUUGGGAAAGAUGAUUCGCGUGGACGAGACGGACCCGGUUGGUGGUAAGAGAGAUCGAACCGAGUUUCCCGUACAGAGACGUCACCGUGAGGAAGGGUGUUGAAUUCAAGGAUCAUUAUGACAUCCAAUCAGAGAUUGGACGGUAAGUAGUAAGUUGGAAGAUGCUUAGCCUAUAACUGUGCACACCGAUGACGCAAGGAUAUACGUAUACAAUUCCACUUUGUACAAUAUGCAUAUAAAGAUCUAGAUGCUGUUAUCGUAGAAAAAGGAUCCUGCGCAAAAUUCAUCGUGGAAUGUCUUGGCAACCGGCAUCUAUACCUAUAUUCCACCUCAUAAAUUCAUUGCGCUACUCUUGCUACGCAACAUCGACGUGAUACGCAUACGUCACACUAUCGCAAGAGACAAUGAAAUAAGAAGUGGAUGCUGGUUGAGUAUAGAACGUCCAUGGAACGUCCGCUAGGCAUCGCCUUCGCUCUUGUGGUCCGGAAUAAAGCAUCGGAUUAGAAAAUAUUUUUCUAUCAUCAAAGAACGAAGAUUGUAUCCGCGCGUCGUCGUGACGCCUAUGAUGUUGUGUUCGCUGGUACACACCUAUAUCACUGUGUCUAUACGCUAGACAGUCGUAUAUAUGAAUAGACGCACCAAACUGUAUAAACUGGUCGUCGAAUAAUAACAGUGAAAAGAGUGUGCGUACACGUUCUUGUAUAGGUAAUCAAGGUCUUCGCGUCUAUAAAUAAUGCCUUCGCUUCGAAGAGUGACGUUGCACGUCGUCUCGACGGCAAUUCGAUCAGAUGCUGGCCGUCGCGACGCCCGCUACGUGCAAGACGCUCUUGACACGAGGGUUCAAACGGGCGUCGAAGCAUCGCGCGUAACAACGUUCCACUCAGGCUGCUCCACUAACUCACUGACUCACCGAUCUUGCAAGCUGGCUAACAGUGAACAAACCAAGUCACCCGGUUGCCAAGAUGUCAAAUGACAAAUUGGCACCUGCGGUGCUUGAUUUCUUAACGCAGCAUCCGACCGGUACUCGAAACAAAACAAUGGAAAAGAAAAACAAAUAUAAAAGGGCAAGUUCGGUACUGUUUACCGAUGCAUGGAAAAGUCUAGCGGCUUGCAUCUCGCUGUUAAGGUUGUCAACACUGCAAGGAAGGAGGACAGACGUGCUGUCGAGAGGGAAGUCGAGAUCAUGAGGAGACUUCAGCAUCCUCGAUUGAUACAGCUGUAUGAUGCUAUCAACACCGGCAAGCAGAUAUAUGUUAUAUUAGAAUUAAUCGAAGGCGGUGAACUCUUCGAGAGGGUGAUCGACGAUGACUUCGUACUGACUGAGAGAAGCUGCGCCGUCUUCAUGAGACAGAUAUGCGAGGGUAUGGAGUUUAUUCACUCGCAGAAUAUCUUGCAUCUGGAUAUGAAACCUGAAAAUAUAUUAUGCCUUACGAAAGAGGGCAAUCGUAUCAAGAUCAUAGACUUCGGUCUGGCAAGACAAUACGACCCUGAGAAGAAGCUUCAGGUACUCUUUGGUACGCCGGAGUUUGUUGCACCGGAAGUCGUGAACUUCGACCAAAUAGGUUUUGGCACUGAUAUGUGGAGCAUCGGCGUCAUUUGUUAUGUGCUACUUUCAGGGUUGUCACCGUUCAUGGGAGACAACGAUAUGCAGACGAUGGCGAACGUGACCAUCGCCAAGUACGACUUUGAUGACGAGGCCUUCGCCGACAUAUCCCAGGACGCCAAGGACUUCAUCAGGAGUCUUCUGAUCAAGGACAAAGAACUGCGAGCCUCGGCAUCUCAGUGCCGCGCGCAUCCCUGGUUGGCCAAAAGGUCCACCGUACCAUCGACCAGGGUUGGGGAGAAAGCGGAAGUAGAGAAACCGAGAACGGACGUUGACGUUAUCGUGACGAGAGAGGAGCUCGACGUUACCAAGGACAAUCUGAGGCUGUUCGUCGAGCGAUGGCGAGAGCAUCCCAACAGCCCUUACUUGAUCGAGCACCACGAGGCUAAUGGUUCCUGGCAUCCGGACAACGCCAGGAGGUCCAAUUCCGAUGAGAACAACGUGGAAUCGGUGUCUCUGCGGGGUCAGAGUCCGUCGCCCUGUGGUAGUGUCUCUAGCUCAUUGUCAGAAAGUACCAGCUCACCGAGGGAGAAUGGCAACUUCCUACUUCCGGUGCCAAACUUUUCUUACGCCUUCGAAAGACGCGCGUCUGAGGGUACUGCAUUGGCACCAGAGAAACGUGACGCUGCAGCGCAGAUUGUAUUAGCUGAAGAGAUCAUUAAAUUGUCUGAACACCUUAGAUCAAUUGCCAUGGGACCUAAAGUAUCUGGGACUGACAAUGACGCACCUAAUGUUGACCUCCCUGCAGAAUCCGCUUCUUCAGAAGAAGCUAAGGCUUUCGUUAGUGUUAAUUCCACUGGGGUCCAAGAUAAAGCAGUUAAAACGUCAAAGCCAAAGGAAGACGAGAAGUCUGGACUUUCACGAAAUGGUGCCACGACGAAAAUCUCCUCCAAGAGAAGCGAUAGCAUCGUUUUCACUGAUACUACCACCAGGACCAAUGAGAUCUCUGAGAAGCUCUCGAACAUUACUAAACAAAGAAAGAUUAAUGGUACUACUUUCAAUGGUGUACGAACGUUUGAAAGAAACACAGAAUCAAUUCCUACCCCAUUCGCUACCCUAAAGAAAACAUCAAAGCUCCAAAUGGAUGGUGCAGUCCCCAAAGAAAAUUCGUCGACCAACUAUGAUCGACUCUUUCGUGAUCGUGUAAAGACCAGUACCUUUCUGCAGAAGAGUCAUACCUUUGGGUCUACAUCCAAAAUGGAGGAUAUGCAGAUACCCUUCCUGAACGUGGAGAGAGAAAUGGAUCUGACUCCACCAUGGCGAAGGGCGCGGUCAAAGCAUCGUUUUAGCGAGACCUGUAGGGAUGUGCCCCGCAUCUCAAAUCUGCAGGAUAUUCACAAGAAUCUUAACCUGGACGAGCCUACGAGUACGAAGGACCUUCUGCUGCAGCUUCUAGGAGAAUGGGACGACGCAUCCAGACCCAGUGGAAUUGGUAGAAAAUCAGUCAGUGUUGACUGGUGCGGCGAGGAAUCCAUAGCUCGAAAAUCAAUGAAUUCCCUCGCCGAAUAUUUUCAAUCAGAGUCGCAGAAAACUAAUGCCGUGGGUGGUGGUCGACCCUCGACGCCACCAUUCAUACACCGUUGACGAGAAGAGUUCAUCCUCAGGGUCUUCCAAUGCGUAUCUAAUUGUGACGGAUGGAUUAAAAUUGGAUUUUCCCAUGUAGAGAGACUUGGAUAUACCUAGUUCGUUUUCUUGACGACGAUCUACGUAAUCCUGAUUGAUAUAUUCCUUGGCUCUGAAUCUCGUCGAAUUCCUCUUAGGAUCCGCCCCUGUGCAUGUUAUUCUUUUAUUUAUUAUAAAUUUAAUAUAAAGGUGACUAACUGAUCACGCGAGA